GAGGAUCGCUUUGCAUAUCACUUCCGCAUCGAAUGUCACCGAGUUGAUGACCUAUGUCUUCAGUAAUUUUUGCUGAUAAAUGAAAGGAAAUUCUAUUACGAGUUUCGGAAAUCAUGGCGCAUGUAGAGAUUCCAGUGGGAGAUAUGCAGGUCUCGAUAGAAAAGCAUAAGACUACGAAUGGAUUUGAAUUUCUGCAAUUACCCCAACUACCACUUGGUCAAAUAGGUUAUCCUCAAGCUCACGACUGGAUUGAACACAGGAAAGCCAAUAUUCGACCGUGGUCGUUAUUUCUUAACACAAAUAAUAUCAGACCACCACCCAAUUUAACGAGAUUGAGUAAACGAGUUGUAAAGAAUAUUGAAUACUUCCAGAGCAAUUAUCUAUUUGUGUUUAUUGGACUAGUCAUAUAUUGUUUAAUCACCUCACCUCUGUUAUUGCUGACAGUUGUUGCUUCUCUUGGAAUAUGUUAUAAACUUUCUCAGCGACAUUCGAAACAAGAGUUAACAAUAUUAAAUCAUAAACUAACACUAGCACAGGUAUAUUCUUUAGUUGCAAUUUGUUCACUGCCUGUAUUUUAUCUGGUUGGUGCACAUGCAGCUGUGUUUUGGGUACUUGGAGUCUCUUGGUUUUUAGUAACAUUACAUGCUGCCUUUUAUAAUAUUGAUGCGGUGUUAUAUCCAGCAGAGGAAGAACUCAACACAUUAGUUAUGCAAGAACUUUCUCAUUCUGGUACAAAAUAUAGUUUAUAUUUUCGUGACGAAAUUCGCUCAGUCGACUUUAUACUUGUGUGGGAUGAGUAUAAUGGAGAAGCACAAACCUAUCGCAAUGUUGAACGCAGAAGGGUAUUUGAAAUAAAUCUGGAAAAAGAAGGAUUAGAAUUAGAAUAUGAACAGGUGGAAACAAAUGGUUUGCAUUUCAUAAAAAUUCAUGCACCCAAAGAAGUUUUGCGACGAUAUGCCGAAAUAUUAAAAUUACGAUUGCCAAUGAAGGAUUUACCCGGCUGUCAAAUGCCUUUAACAAGCAGCAAUUCUAUUAUCAAAGAAGUUAAUACUUUUGUUCGACGAAUUAUGAGCAAAUAUUACGUUAACACAACUAUUUUUCCGACAAUGAGACAAAAAUUUACAGCGGUAUAUAGCAGAGACAAAGAAUACUUAUUCGAUCUGAAUUCGCCCAAUUUUUUCACAUCGGCUACUCGAUCGCGUAUUGUACAGUUAAUAUUGGACAGAACUAAAUUCACAGAAACCAAGGAUGAUGAUUUCGCAUUUGGCAUCGAAAGAUUGAUAUCUGAGCAUGCAUAUGUCGCAGAUUAUCCGCUUCAUGAUGGACAUCUACAAUCUGCUGGUUCAAUGCGCUAUCUUUUGUAUAACGAAUGGGCCAGUUUAAGAAAAUGCCUUCAUUAUCAACCUUUAGAUUAUAUUAAAGAGUAUUUUGGAGUGAAGAUUGGACUUUACUUUGCUUGGUUGGGAUUCUACACUCAUAUGUUAAUUCCAGCUAGUAUUGUUGGUCUCCUAUGUUUUAUAUACAGUUGUGUUACUUUGUAUAACAAUGAUCCAAGUGAAGAUAUUUGUAACCACAAUGGUACUAUUGAAAUGUGUCCAUUAUGUGAUUAUUUUUGUGGCUAUUGGAAUCUCAAGGAGACAUGUUUACACGCAAGAAUUACAUAUUUGUUUGACAACCCGUCGACUGUGUUUUUUUCUAUAUUUAUGUCAUUAUGGGCCACAUUAUUCCUUGAAUUAUGGAAAAAAUAUUCUGCAGAAAUAACCCAUCGAUGGGAUUUGACUGGUUUAGAUGCUCAAGAAGAAUAUCCUAGGCCACAGUACUUAGCACGGCUUGCGCAUAUUAAAAAAAGAUCUGUUAAUAUUGUUACAAAUACGGAAGAGCCAAAAGUCUCAUACUGGAAGAUGAGAUUUCCUGCCACAAUUCUCAGUUUUUCAGUUGUUCUACUUUUGAUAGUUGUAGCCAUGGCUGCUGUACUUGGAGUAGUCCUGUACAGAAUGUCUGUUUUAACUGCAUUAAGUGUUUAUGGGCAUCCUAUGGUAACCAGUUAUGCUAUAUUGUUUACUACUGCUACUGCUGCAACUAUUAAUCUCUGUUGUAUCAUUUUAUUCAAUUGGUUAUAUGUUUGGCUGGCAGAAUAUUUGACAGAGCUUGAACUGCUUCGUACUCAGACCGAAUUUGAUGACAGUCUAACUCUAAAAAUUUACUUAUUGGAAUUUGUAAAUUAUUAUGCUUCCAUAUUUUAUAUAGCAUUCUUUAAAGGAAAGUUUAUUGGCUAUCCAGGAAAUUAUAAUCGUUUUUUUAACUUUCGACAAGAAGAAUGCGGACCAGGUGGUUGCCUUUUAGAAUUAUGUAUCCAACUGAGCAUUAUUAUGAUUGGCAAGCAAGCUAUGAAUACUAUCUUGGAAAUGCUCUUUCCACUAUUUUAUAAAUGGAUGAAUACUUUGAAAGUUCAUGUAGGUUCAAAAACAUUGAAAGAUCACAGUAAGAGAUAUUCAUCUAGAAAGUAUUUGCAGUGGAUCAGAGAUUAUAAAUUAGUUGAAUGGGGACCUAGAAGUCUUUUUCCCGAAUAUUUAGAAAUGGUGCUACAAUAUGGAUUUGUUACAAUUUUUGUCGCUGCAUUUCCACUGGCACCGUUCUUUGCACUAUUGAAUAAUGUUUUCGAAAUGAGAUUGGAUGCGAAAAAGUUGUUGACCAUGUACAGAAGACCGGUCGGACAGCGCGUGAGAGAUAUUGGCAUAUGGUACCGCAUUCUCGAUUCUAUUUCCAAAUUAUCUGUUAUUACUAAUGCAUUCAUCAUAGCUUUUACUUCAAACUUUAUACCAAGACUAGUUUAUCGUAUAACAGUUUCUGACAAUUAUUCAUUAGAAGGUUUCCUGGAACAUUCUCUGUCAAAAUUUAAUACUAGUGAUCUAAAAAAUGGCACUGAACCUAUGGCGUCAUUAGGUCAAGGCCCAGUCGAAAUUUGUCGCUAUUCAGAUUACAGAGAAGCACCAGACUCGCCAAACAAGUAUGCUUAUACCAUAAUGUUUUGGCAUAUACUAGCGGCUAGAUUAGCUUUUAUCGUCGUUUUUGAGAAUGUCGUGGCAUUCGUGAUGAUUCUUGUACGGUGGUGUAUUCCUGAUAUAAGCCCGAAAUUACGCGACAAAAUACGUCGCGAAGUUUAUCUCACUAAUGAGAUUAUCAUACAUCAAGAGGCAUUACGUGCUCGUAACGAGAGGCCCGAGACUGAUGAUGUAGAACCAAGGAACACGCGAACAUACGUAAUUGCCAACGAAAGUGCCGACAGAUGGAAUAGAGUUAUGAGAGAUUGUCUAUCGACUUCCGAGCUUGAUUUAGAGGUCCAUGGAAGUCCUAUCCCAGCUGAUAGAACUCCACGUAUUAGCCCUGCCGCAGUUUGAUAAAUACCAAGAAAAUUCGUCAAAUUGAAUCCAUAUACGGGUAUAAUUUUUUGCAUAAUUUCUUGAUAAUUAUUGGAUCAGUGCAAAAAGUAUGUCGUUUCUGUCAAAAUAUUAAUGACUAGACAUAUAUUAUUCUCUCUUCUAUAUAAUUUUUUUAAAUAAAAUAGUCAUUAUUAUGACUUUUAAAAUUCUAGACAAAAAAUUAUAAAAUUUGUCUAUUGUUUUUAUAUAACUGUAUGAAUAGAUUUAAAUGUAAAAUUUAAUGCAAAAACGACAAAUUCUUUGCAUCAAGAGUCUAAGAAUGAUCGUGAUUUUUCGCUAGUCGUGAAACAAUCUUUGAAAUUUGAUCAAAGAAAGAUAUUAUUUUUGAAAGUAUAUUUUUAAUGAGCCACACACUAUUCUAUAUAAAUACCUUUAACAUUUUAAUUCUAAUAGAUGCCAUAUAAAAUGUAUGCUAUAUUUUUAAUGACAAAGAGAGAUGAGUCUCUUAUAAAUUUUAUAAACUUUACUAGAGAAUUAAGAUUGAAUUAUUAUAGAAUUUAUGAUAUACACAUGUUUAUUACAACUGUUAGAGUGAAUUUUUGACAUGAUAUUAUGCAACAUGAUAUGUCUAUUAUUGUUAUAGCCAGAGUUUUAAAUAUUUAAUAUCAACUAUAAUUAUUAGCAAUUUUUAGAUUUAUAUUUUUCAGUUAUUUUGAACCACAAAAAAGUUUGUUACAAGAGAUGUGUAAUAUAUGACAAGAAAGAGGAAGAAAAAGAAAGUUAUAUAAGAUGUUUCAUAUUUAAUGAUUUACUGCUCUUUUAAUAAAAAUAAAAUCAACAAUCCUCCAAUUGCCGACUAGAUAUGAAAUGAUGAAAAAUUAUAACAUUAUGUAAAAUAAAUCAUUGGAUAUGAUAUUAGAAGACAUUUUAUAUAAGCAAUGAUUAAGUUUAGCAUUGCAUAAUGUGAAAUAUAUUUUAAAAUUAUACACAUAUUUUUGUAUGACAGAAA